AAAAGAUAUAGUGAACUAAAAUAUGUAGUAUUUAAGACUUGAAUAUUUUAUGAAGUUUUCUCUGUAGUGUAACUGAUUUCAUUCAUUCCAUCAUCACAGGAGAAGCUUCAACAUGCCUAUUCGGAGAUUGGUAUUCGAGGUGGAGCCACCAAGCCCGCUCAGAUACCUCAUCGGCGCCGCCGUCAUGAUGAUCGGAGUUGUCUUACCCGUCGGUUACAUGAUGUUCCGAAACAAGCGUGCCCCUUCUGCUUCCUCUUACUCUAAACAGACGUAGGAACAAGGUUUUGAUAUAGAGGCAUGAUAAUGGUGGUGAUGACAUGAGAAGUGAAGGCUCUGAUUUAGUGGGUUUGGGUUUGGUUGGUUAUGUUUGAACUAGGUGCUUGAUUAGUUGAUUACAUUAGAGGCUUCAGUGGAUGUGCCAUUUGUUUCAUUGGAAAUGCAUUGGCAUCCCAAAUCUCCUAACUGGUUGGUUGUUCACCUGAUUCUGAACUCUGUAUGAAUGUGCUAGUCUCUGCAAUUUUUACUCCUGAAAUUCAAUGUUGUGUACCUAUCUCCUUUUACUGGUUUAGGAAGUUUUCGGCAUAACAUGGUUUGCUUUUAUUGGUUAAGAAAUACAUGACUGUUGUUGCUGGCCUUGA